UUAACUGUACAUCGUGUUGAAUGUUCAUUUCCAAAGUUCCAGCACUAGUCGGUACUUUCGUCUGAGUCUUAUAUUUGCUUUGGAUAUGAGUAAAAAUAACACGUAAGGUAAUAUUUAAAUUGACGGAAUCGAAAGCGGUAUGUAGCGAAAACACCGGGCACAACCUUUUCGCCAUGGCGAGAAGUAAAAUGUUUGAUCCCGUUUUUCAAAAGGCAUUUACAGAAGCGAUUCACAAGGAAAACCAGACUCGCUUAAAAUGGAACAUAACAUAUGGCGCCUUAUCUGAGAGAUCUGGUGGGGUCAACUGGGAUGAAGACCCCAGAGAUGAGGAGGAGGAGGAUAAAGAAGACGUAUGCCUAUAUCAGCCAUUGUGUAUCAGAAAAAUGCCAACCAGAGAAGAGAGAGCUUGGCCUACAUCUACAGCAUCCAUCUCAAGAACUAUCCCCAGAGUAACACAGCCACCGAAUGUCAUGAAGCCUGUUCCUCUAGAAAGCAAGAGAUAUAUAUACCAAGGUUUAAGUCAUGAUGGAGAAGGCAGAGCUUUGUAUCUGAAACACAGGUAUGAACUAAGCCCUGAUGAGAAGUUCCAUUUUCCUAUUUGCAGUUCAUGGGAAUACGGCUGGAAUUAUGCUAGAAACAUCCCUUCAAAUUGUCCCAGACAUGGAAGUUUAUAAAAAAGAACCUACUUUUUUAAAUAUCAUUAGCUGAAUUAAACAUACACAGAGUAAAGCAUCUUAAUUAUUAGACGGAACAAGAAAUCAAAACCACUACAAGGAUAAUGUACAUUAUUUCGUAAUUUUAAAAGAAUUUUAUUAAAAAACAAAUGAACUAGAUUUUUAUACUUAUUUAUAUCAAGAGUAUAGCUGAACGUUGGUUAGUUGUAACUCUCAUAGCACCAUAACCAUAAAGGACCACGUUCUCACUGGGGUUUAUCUGAGCUAACGGAGUCAGUUCCAUGUGAUGGGUCGGCUACGUCAUUUGUCUCCGUUAGCUCAGGUAAACACCCCAGUGGGAACGGCCUUUUAAAGUUAUGAAUUGCCUUUAAAAAUUUAUGAGACUUUACGUAAGAUUGCGUAAUUUUAAGACUACGAAAUGAUAUUGACACUGUUUUCUGAAACUUUUGCAUUUGAUGAUGACAGCCAGAAACCAAACGAAUAUGUUUAUAUUAUGUUUUGUAGAGGCUCGGCUACUUUGGAAGCAUAAACUAACUUCGGUCUCAAGCUGAAAGCUAAGCGACGUAUUGCUAUGUUCAGUACGAAGACAGAGAAACGUAAAAAGGGUAUAACUAGACCCUUUUAUUAAAACCCAGAAUUUAACAGAAGGCACUUUUUGUGCUUGCAGUCAGCAUUUCUGGCGUAUCUUAAAAGCAAUUAAUUCAAAGUCAAGCUAAGUUAAAUCCGAACUUAGCCAAGGGCUACGCACAAUGAAUACCGUUCAAGUUGGCUCACGCCUGAUACCGGCGUGACAAGCCUAAUGAUGAGAAUAACGCAACGCCGCAUAUUGCAGACUAAGCAAUUCGAGUAGUAACAUGGCCUUCAGCGGACGGAACACGCUCUGAUUCAACAAUCGGAAACCUUCCUUUAAAUAUACUAUGUCUUUCUACCUCAUUUGAAUACGCACGAAUUAAAAUUUGCACUCUGAAAGGAAAACGGAAAAUGUUUGAUGUGAUAGAUUAUGUUAAAGAAUACAGGGCUAAUCUGCCUAAGUGGAGAGAUGCCUUCGCGGAGGGCUUUCUAAAGUAGAAACUGACUAGUAUAUAUUUUACGCAUGGAGAAAACCAAAAAAAAAAAAAAAAACCCUGCAGCCAGCUCGUUCGCCCAGAAUCGAACCCAGGUCGCAAAUACCAAUAUUCAGAGAUUUCACCGCUCAGCUAGCGGGCCGGAAACGGAAAAUGAGAAAGAGACUAAAUUAGUUAAUAUGAAAUAAGUGGUUAUAAAAUAAAUAAAUACUUACAAUCUCA